AGGGCGGGAGGGUGGCUGGAGGAGGAAAAGUCCUGCCCUAGCUGAAAGAUUUCCUGUCUCGGGCUGCAGUGGCUCAGCCCACAGAGCACUGAGCUUUUUUCCCUCAGAGAGAGAGAGAGACAGAAAGAGAGCAGCUCACUUCGGACAGCAAACACCGCGCUUGGCUUUAAAUUAAUGAAAGGCACGGAGAGACACAACUUCACUCAUGGAGCCGUAUCGGUCUUACGUGCUGUGGUGGGCCGCUUUCUUCGUGUCCGCAGCUGGAGUCGGUGGGAUGGUUCCUGGCCUGUUUAAACUGAUGAACCUGUGUAAGUUCUGUGAUGAAGAGCCCUCCUCCUGUAAUGGCACUGGCACCUGCCAGGCCAACUGCAGUAUCACCUCAAUCUGUGAACACCCAGAUGAGGUCUGUGUGGCAGUCUGGAGGAAGAAUGAGGCCAACCAAACAGUUGAGACAGUGUGUCACCUCCCGUCCAAGCCUCUGCACGGCAUUCGUCUGGAAAACUAUAACAGAACCACGUGUGAGAUGAAGGAGUAUAAGACGGACAGCGGUCAGCUCUACAUCUGCUCAUGCAUGGAAGAAGAGUGCAACGAAAUCCUGAAUUUCCCUCACACUAUAGGGCCAGGUACCAUAGAUGACCAAGUGGUGUCAGUGAUUCUGGUCAGUCUGCUGCCUCUGCUGGUUUUGGCCGUCCUCGUUGUCGCCUCCUUUUACUGUUACCGCAUCCAGCGGCGCCGCAAGCUCAACGAGUGGGAGACCAAAAAGCCGCUAAAGCGUAAAGGUCCCAAAGGCCCUCUGGACUGCAGCGAUGCCUGCGCCAUAAUGAUGGAUGAUGACCGCUCAGACAGCAGCUCCACACAUGCCAACAGUCUUAACCACAACACUGAGCCACUGCCCAUCGAGCUAGACCUGCAGGUGGGCAAGGGCCGCUUCGCCGAGGUCUACAAAGCUAAGCUGAAGCAGAGCUCCUCAGAGCAGUUUGAGACAGUGGCGGUGAAGAUCUUCCCCUAUGAGGAGUACGCUUCCUGGAAGAAUGAGAAGGACAUCUUCUCUGACAUUGACCUGAAGCAUGAGAAUGUGCUGCACUUCCUGACGGCAGAGGAGAGGAAGGUGGAGAAGCAGUACUGGCUGAUUACGGCUUACCAUCCACGCGGGAACCUGCAGGAGUACCUAACUCGCCACGUCAUCAGCUGGGAGGACCUGCGGCUGCUGGGCGGCUCGCUGGUCCGGGGCGUGGCCCACCUCCACAGUGACCACACGCCCUGCGGCAGGCCAAAAGUGCCCAUCGUGCACAGAGACCUCAAGAGCUCCAACAUUCUGGUGAAGAACGACCUCACCUGCUGCCUGUGUGACUUUGGGCUGGGCCUGCGGCUGGACAACUCCCUGUCUGUGGACGACCUGGCCAACAGUGGACAGGUUGGAACAGCCAGGUAUAUGGCUCCAGAGGUGCUGGAGUCAAGAAUCAACCUUGAGAACAUUGAAUCCUUCAAGCAGACGGAUGUGUACUCCAUGGCCUUAGUGCUGUGGGAGAUCACCUCCAGGUGUAACGCCAUUGGAGAGGUGAAAGACUAUGAACCUCCAUUUGGCUCUAAAGUGCGAGAGCACCCCUGUGUGGAGAGCAUGAAGGACAACGUGCUCCGAGACAGAGGCCGGCCCGAAAUCCCCAACAGCUGGACAAAACACCCGGGUGUGGCCCUGGUGUGUGCCACCAUCAACGAGUGCUGGGAUCAUGACCCUGAGGCCCGUCUUACGGCGCAGUGUGUGGCCGAGCGCUUCAGGGAGAUGGACGAUGAGCUGGACAAGCUGUCCACCCGCAGCAGCUCCGCAGAGAAGAUUCCAGAAGACUGCUCCGUGAGCGUAAGCGAUGACAAGUGAGAGAGAGAGAUAGAGCCCAAUUAUGGCCUCUUCUGGACUGUUUUGUCUGCCUCUCCGACUGGUGGACGAGUGCAUUUAUUUGUGCUCAGCUCAUGUGAUUCCCAAAGAGAAGUCUCUGCCUCCGAGCAGUGGAAACUGGAAGUGUAGAUACAUUCAGUAUGUUACAGCUGAUGUGUUUGCGUGUGUGUGUGUGUGUGUGUGUGUGUGUGUGUGUGUGGAUUAGAGGCCUCAGGGUGAAGGCCAUGGGGAAAUGAAGUACCUAAAGCUUUUCAUGUGUCUCAUAACCAAAGAGUUAAUGCACUUUAUCAGAUUACCUAUGCAUAGCUGGUGUUUCUAAUGCCAAGGAUUUAUAUGGACUUUUCCACCUGAGCAGGUAUUCACAAGAGAUUAUAUGACAUGUACAGAUCAAUUCAGCACUGUUUUUAUGAAAAACUAUGUGUAUGUGUGCGUGCAUGUGUGGAUGCAUGUAAUCAUGUUUGUCUGAGUCAGUAUGAAUAAGUGGUGUGUGUUUGAUAUUGUUUUAACAAAGACUUUUUAUGGGUAUGCCAGAAAGAAUAAGCACAUUGUAAAUACUGGUUUUAAGUAAAAAAAAACAGUACUACCAUUGUAAAAGCCAAAAAAGGGAAAAUAAC